CCCAGGGCUGCCAUGGCCCCGGAGCAGCUCCACGCCUGGCUGGUCCUGUGGGUGUUUGCUGGAUCCCAGAGGGUGACAGAUGAACAUCCUCCCAGCAGAGAUGCCAGAGCCAGAGAUCCUCACCAGGGCUCAGAGGACGCCAACAUCAUGUUAGAGAUGCUCUGGAGAGGGCUGGAUAUUCAGGCCAACAGGCCAAUCCAGCUAUGGGAUGAUGAGCUGGCCUCCCUGCGCCCUGCACGGCGCUUCCUGCGGAUUUUAGAGGAAGAAGUUCCCAAAACACCAACAGAGAUUGAGGAGCACCUGAGAUAUUAUUCACUGACUGACACCCCUCUGACUCUCACUGAGUUUGAUCAUCUCCUUUUCACCGGUGUUUUCUGUGCCUAUCAGGUUCGCUCCGUGCAGGGCCUGGAUAAAAAUAUCUGGAUUAGGUUUUUUUCCCAGCUGGCUGAUGAAAUGUUUCGUGAUCUGUGCAAGGGGCUCUGCCCUGCAAACACUACCCUCCUCCUGGCUUCCUGGCCCUGGAAGGAGAAACCUUCACAUUUAGCAUCUCUGAAACAUUUCUAUCGUUCUAACCUGGCCAGGGCCAAGAGAGACACUUAAUAAGGGAAACCUCUGCAGGACACACCUGACUUCAGCUGUAUCCUUGGUUCUUUAGAAUGCUUUUUACAUAAUUCAGGGCAUUGUACAAUUAGCUUUUAUUUUUAAAGGAAACAGGACAGAACUAUAAAGUGCUUUUCACUCUUUUUUUUCUUUUUUUUUUUUUUUAAAGAGGGCUGUGCUGACAGGGGCAGUGCUUUUUAGAUGUGGUAUCUAUCAGGAUCACUGAUGCUUAUUGGAGAGAUGCCCUUGCAGUUUUUUUUCCAGGAUGUUACACUGCCAUCCUAGCUGACUUCAUUUCAGACAAUUCAAUUCAGCCUUCUUACAUUCCUCCUGAGGUUUCAGCCAGAUACAUUAUCUUUUCUCUUCUCCAGUAUCCAGCUAAGCGGAUGCUGUUGUGUUUCAUGAUACAGGUCAAAUGUUUCUUCUUUCAAAUUUCAUCUUUUUCAUCUUUCAAAUUUCAUCUUUCUGCUCACGUGGCAUCACAUUUUAUGUGUCCAUGUCCCAACUCUUCUCUUCAUUUUUCUUUAAAAAGCAACCUGUAAAUGUACGUAUGCUGUGAAGCUUUCUAGUAAUAGCAUAUUAUAUUUAUAUACGUCCAUAUCUUAGUGUCAGUUAUCAGUUUGGAAAACACUUCUUUAAAUCUCAUUUAAAUUCCUAAGAACUGUGACCUAGUUAAUUCUUCAGCAGAUUAAACUUCCUCUGUGAAGUUUUUGUGCACAGCUAUGGCACUUUACAAGCCAAACCUAAUAAAUACACAAUCAAAAUAAAAAACACACUUUUUUUUUAGAAAGAGAUAAUUAACUUUCCUGUGUCGUACACACUGCACUGUGGAAUUAAAUAGAUGUAAUUAUCUA